AUGCAGACUGCUUCUACAAACAUUUGUGAAAGACUGUGCAAUAAGCCCAUAAGUGAAAUUUCCUUGCUACUAAAUAUUCUACGGUCAACUGUUAGUAAUAUUAUAGCAACAUGGAAGCAACUGGGAACAACAGCAACUUAGCCACGAAGUGGUAGGCCACAUAAAAUGACAGAGCGGGGUCAGCGCAUGCUGAUACACACAGUACGCAGAAGUUGCCACCUGUUUGCAGAGUCAAUAGCUAAAGACCUCCAAACUUUGUGUGGCCUUCAGAUUAGCACAACAGUGUGUAGAGAACUUCAUGGAAUGGGUUUCCAUGGUCGAGCAGCUGCAUCCAAACCUUACAUCACGAAGUGCAAUGCAAAGCAUCGGAUAUAGUGGUGUAAAGCACACCGCCACUGGACUGUAG